AUGAACGUAUGCGCGCAAGGUCGGCUAGAAUAUCCACUUCAGUUUCGCCCUUUAAUUCCGCGGUAUCAGUAGUACGUUUCGGUGAAAUUCUCUUGAGCAAUAAGAAUAACGUUAAGGCCAAAAGUAAACCUUACCCAACAGAUGCAACUACAACAACUAUUGUAGCUCGAGAUAUGUGCGGUAUGGAAUCGGAGAGCACCACCACUGUUUUACGUAUCAAUUUAAGUAAUGAUCCAGUACGUAAUGAUGCACACAAUGAAUCCCUGCCAAAUUUGGAGGCGAAGCGCCAAGCAGAUGAAGAUAAAAUUAUUGGUUUUAAAUCUAAAUACACUUAUAGAGAACGCAACAAUAAUGUGCAAAACAGUCAAAUUUUAGUUAGUGAAACUCACAACAGUUUUGACAGAAAUUGUGGUGACGAUACCAAAAAUUUAAGUAAGAAGCGAUUGAGCUUUAAAUUUGACAAUUUUUUAAGGCAUAUCGACACCGAAGAUAGCUACUCAGACAGAAAUGGCAUCAAUAUUGUUCAAAGAAAUACCAUUGAUGACGAUGUCGAUUUUCGGAAUGCCUCGCAAUUCAUGACAACGGACCUAGUCGAACAUUCAAUAAAUAGUAGUAGUAUGGAUCAGUUUCUUUUAUCAUCGGAUGACGAUUCAGAUUGCAGUAAUCUGGCAAAGCACCUUGCAGUUGCUGUUAGGGGUUGUGAUGAUAGCGGACAAGAAGAAAAUGAUAACAACUUUAAAAUCAGACGAAGUGAGAAUGAAGGCGUCAAUGGUAGUGCGGUCGUUCAGAGCAUUGCGAACAACGUACUAACCGAAUUCGUCAUUAAAAACGAUGAUUCAGCUGAUAUACUCAUAAGUAGUUGUAACUCGGAGUUAGCUGAGCACAAUGAAAGAGGGCGCUGUGUUCUUAACACCAAUGAGAAAUCACAAAAUUUGGUAGAGAAAUCUGUAAUAUCAUACGAUCAACAAUUGCAACUGGCACAUAAUUCAGAUAUGGACACUGAUUAUAGCCAAGGGCUGUCGACUAACUCGGUAACAUGUAAUCAAGAGAGUGAUUAUUCACCAAUUGCUCAGCAUAACAUGCACGUCGUUGAUGACGAAACUAGUGUAUCUGUACAUGAUGUGCUAGGACCUGCUGGCAAGCAAACGAUGGCGGAGAUACCGAGUAGUAAGGGCGUUUGUGGUGAAUAUAAAUUGAUGCCAAAAUAUAUGUUGUAUAUGGAGUCGAAGCAGUCCCUAAUUCCAAAUGAACAGCUGCAACAUCGAAGGCUGGCAUCGUCGCCACUCAUAAUCAAGACGAAUGCUGAAAAUUCUGGCCACGCUUUGUAUAAUGUUGUAAGCAAUGACGUUGAUUUAAAACAAGUGCAGAAAUUCGAAUGCAUAACUGGCUUCGAUGAUUCGUUGGCACAGGAACGGGCGCAACGCGGCCAACUUCAACCGCUACGAAGCCGCAAGUUAAGCGAUAAUGAAAACAGUAUGGGAGCAGGUAUACCGAUUUGUCACGCGUUAGGAGAUAAUAAAUAACUGAAUGUACUGUCAAGGCGGGCGCGUAGCAGAGUUGCUUGGAAAGCAUUAUUACGCCAGGCCAACGUCGAAUAGGGUUGAUAAGGCUAGUUAAAGAAAAAAGAAGAAACUUGCAAAGCAGUUACAGCAACAUGAUAAGUGCGGUUCAUCGGCGAAACAAGCAGCUGGAUAUUUCUUUAAGAUAAAUUCUCAUAUUAUGCUGUAAAGCUUGCUUUUAGUGCAAAUUUUCAUAAGCAGAUACGCUGGUAUAUAUAUUAUAUUGAUAUUGAUAUAUAAAUUUUAUAUAUGUAUAUAGGUGCAGAUAAAUACAAACAAUGCUUCUAAAUGGUAAGUUUGCAUAUGCAUAUGAAAACGUAAUUGUAAAUCAAAGGGCAGUUGAUGCGAUUUUUCCUUUAGACAUAUACAUACAUAAAUAUGUACUUAUUAAAUAAUUGGCUGCUUCUAACCCAUAUGCAUAAGCAAACGUAUAAACAAGCUUACAAAUGUAUUUACAUAUAUAGAACGGUUUUUAUUGAACAUACAUACAUGUAGUCAUUAUGCAAAACUACCUAAAAAUUAUUCAUAUGAAUGAUAAAAACAAGAGUAGUAUUUAAAACUUAAUGGAAAUAUUAGAGAAAUUAAACAUAUUUAAAGAAUUUAACAUAGAACAUGUUUAAAAAGCGAAAUUAAAACAAAUAUAUAUAGGCCUCUGAAUGCAGGCUUUUGAAUAAAAAUAACUAAUAAGGUGUACAACAAAUCCAAAAAGAUAUAUAAGAUAAUAUAUAUUUAAAAAAUUUAACAUAGGACAUGAUAUAAAAAGCGAAAUUAAAAAAAUAUAUAUAUAUAUGCUGGUGGAUGAAGGCAUUCGAAUAAUAAUAAAUAAUAGGGUAUACAACAAAUCCAAAGAAAAAAAAUCAAAUUAACUCAAUUGCUGGAAUUUUAAGCUAGUCAAAUGCAAAAAUCGUCUGUGCAACAAGGCAAUUAAAUAAAAGACAACUUGCUAAAUUCAUAGGUUAAGUAAUAUUUGUAUGUGUAUAUGCAAUGAAUGAAAUAUAGUGAAUUUCCUGUUAGCGCACAGUGCACUAUGUUUAAACACAACCGGUAAUUCUCUAAUUAAGAAACUGUAGUGACAUCAUACAUUUUCAAAUACUUGUAUACAUACAAACAUACAUAAUAGUUUCACAUAGGCAGAAAGUGAAAAUUCGGCCCAUCCUAGUGAUAUGAACCGCCACUUACUGCGUUGUUAAGCGGAAUCACAGUAAAUACCAAUACAUAAGAAUAUUAUACUCGUACUCCCUCAAACAAUAGACUUUUGAAAGCAAAAAAAAAGGAAAAAAUGUAUGGCCAAUUUAUAUACUUUUAUCAAUGGGUUUCAAGCUACUUACAUACUUUUAAACUUUUUCUUAUUUCAAAAGCUUCUGCACUGGCCUAUAAAGACCAUGGCUAGAAAUGAUACUUGUCUACAUACUCUUAUAAACUUAAAUUGCCACAAGUUCUAGCCCACCUAGCAUAUUGUAUAUAUCGUCAAAAAAGUCUAUUCUCUGCUGCUCCUAGCUGUGAUGUGCAUUUUUGCAGUGGCCCGCAUAUGUUGCUCGAGCUUACUUUGCAUCCUGAGUACAAAUAAAAAGGCUUGGUUAUGAGUACAUGGCAUAUCAUUGUAGCGCAUGUUAAAAACGGCAUUGAUUACACUUAGCAAACAGUGAGAGUUAAAGAGUUAAUAUCAAGGAAAAAUGCAGUAUUUGUGCUAUCGCCUAGAAUCAAAUAAGUAAAGUGUAUCACAAUCUUUUAACACAACAUAUUAAAAAUGUAAUAAUGGGUUUUAUAGCCAUUAAUGUGUGUGUAUGUGUCGAUGUAUGUACAUAUGUAAGUGUACUAUAACUGUCUUCGAUUUGCCAAGCUUUAGAAAAUACCGAAUCGAACAAAUUGUAUCAGAUGUUCAAACAGACGGGCAGCGCUUGGUAUGUUACGUUCCUUUCUUGGUGGAUAAGUUUUCUUUUCUAUUAACUUACCUAUUACUUUUUUGUUUUUCAUUCACAAUAGAGAAACUAAUAUAAAAUAUGCAGAACGAAAAUUCGUAGCAUUGAAGACAGCGGUUAUACCAUUUUCAUGAGGUAUCCGCAACUCUCUUGUACAAAUUCAGCUCGAUAACUUUGUUUUUGCAUUUACAUAUAUUUCUUUGGACAAGAGAGCAAUGCGCAAAGACAGCGAGCAAAGAAAUGGUGAAUCGAAACAGCUUAUAUAUCUAAACUGCGUUGGAAUUUAGUAGAUCUUGUGAUCAUUUAUGAAUCGUUAAUCUUUGUUAAUUAACAUCUGUUUGGAUCUUUAGUUGAUCACGUUGACUCUUUUGAUUUAAUAUGACUAAUUACCUUUUUACAUAUAUAAUUGUGUUUCUACAAAUGUUCUAAUUUUCUAUUUAAUGUUACCAAUAUAUAAAAUAUUAAAGAACAGAACAGUGUGAAAUAAUGACGAGACGAAACUUUUAAAUAAUCAAAACACACAAAACAUAACAAAGCUAACUUACGGAAAAUAGAAAGAUUUAGCGUUAUUAAACGA